AUGCCCAAGAGGAAACUGGAGCCAGAUCACGCACCUUCUCGUGAAAUUCGUCCAGAAUCGCCACUGGCUGUUGCCUUGCUCAGGCUCUGGUGUUUGGGGGACAUCAGUGCCAGCUGCCUCCAAGUGCUGGCCCAUGCUGCUACCAAGUCGGGCUGUGACCAGGCCGACCUGGUGGGCUUAGCCAGCUUGGGAGGUUUUGGUGUGAACCCAAACCAUGUGCAGAAGCAGCUGAUGUCCAGGGUCUUCACCGACAUGGUUGCCCCAGAGCCAGCAGUGGUAGAGACGAAAGCUUGGGGCAAAGAUAAAACUGGCCAGAGAGUGUUCGUCGACACCAAGCCGCCGCUUCUACUUCCCCACGAGUGGAUGCUCAGUUUGGACUCUAGUGCAAUUGAGGAGGAUGUGCUGGGUGUCAAUGACAUCUCCACUUUCUGGGACAGCCAGCCUGCCAGUAACCCAAGGGUUGCUCAGAGUGCCAAGUACUUCAAGCAGGCCUUGCAGAAGACGCCAGGCUUGGUGCCCUUUGCUUUGCAUGGGGAUGCAGCUCCCCACUCCAAUGUCGACAGCUUGCUUGUCAUCUCCCUCCGAGCAAUGACUUCCAGGCUGUCAGUAGCCAGCUCUCAGCUGCUCCUGGCAUGCAUCCCGAAGUCCUGCAUCACCGAGCAGCUCAUGAAGGAUCUUUGGAAACGACUCACCAGUUCGCUCCAGGCACUUGCGACAGGCAAGUGCCCUACCACAGGCAGACGAUUCAGACCAGGAGUCGUUUAUGCCGUCACAGGCGACCUGGAGUUCUUCUACCAGGAGUUUGGCUUGCCCAGGCCAAACACCCCGAAUCCUUGCUGCUGGUGUGCCUGCACACAGGAAGGCCCAGCUUCGUGGAAUGAUUUCCGGGAUGACGCAGCAUGGAAGGCCACCACACUGACUCCAGGCCAACUCAGUGCCAGGUUAGACCACCCGUUGUUCAAGGUCAGUGGCUGCAAUGCCAUGGCCUUGUCGCUCGACUGCCUGCAUGUGCUGGACCUUGGUGUUUCCUGCCAUGUGGUGGGUAAUGUGCUCUGGGAGCUGUUGGAAGCCAGGGCAGGCUCCAGGGACACGAACAUGAGUGCCCUCAAUGCCGAAAUCCAGGAGCUUUACCAGGAAUUCGGCACACCUGCAAGCUCCAGGCUCCCGAACCUCAAGUGGAAGUCUGACAUAGCUGGCAGUGCUAACGAGUACCCUUGUCUCAAGCACCAGAAAGGGCGACGAAUCAGGCACUUCAUGCCUGUGUGCUUGGAACUGGCCAGGCGAUACAGUUCUCGAGAUGAUCGGGCAAGUUUGCACAGGCUUCGUGUUGUGGAGUCUCUCAAGGAGGUCUACGACACACUGGACCAGCCAGGCUUCAGGUGGUCAGAAGAAGUGAGCAAGAACUUCGCCGCCUCCGUGCAGACCUUCCUCAAGCACUACAGCUUUCUGGCCAAGCGGGCUUUUGUGGCCAAGCUGUGCAGAUGGAGCAUUGUGUCCAAGCACCACAUGACUGCACACAUGCCAAGCAUGGCCAAGCACUUGGCCCCCAGGCAUUACUGGACUUAUGGCUCGGAGAGCUUCAUGGGUUUCAUGUCUCACCUGGCCAAUGCAUGUCUUGCUGGCAUGUCUGCCCACAAAAUCCCAUGGACAGUUAUGUUCAAGUACAGGACGUUUUGGCAGUUGCUUUUCAAGCGACUCCUGGUGCUGGACGACUAG